AGGUUGAAUAAAGGCGCCGAAGCCGUUGUGCUUACAGCUGGCCGUGUAAUAUACGUGCACGGUGCAGACAUACAUAUAUACAAUUACCCCUAAAAUUCACCUUCUUUGCUCUCUCUCUCUCUCUCUCUCUCUCUCACUCUCUCUCUACGAGUUGUUUCUCUGAAACUUCGACGGCAAUGGCGACGCCAAGUAGGGACGCGAUCCAGACUUACAUGGCCAUCACCGGCGCCUCCGAGUCGCUUGCUCUUCAAAAGCUGGAGGAAUACGGAGGCAACCUAAAUGAAGCCGUUAAUGCACACUUCGGUGGAGGAGACAUUAGAAAUCCAACAUCUUCUUCCCCACGAUAUGAUUCAUUUAAUAUGAAUAAUCAGAGUCAUUUAGGCCAAGGUGGACUUUUACCAAUGCUGUCUGCUGUUAGAAGUUUCAAGCCUUCAUUACUGCUUGACCCGAAUUACAGGAGAGGCCUCUUUAAUCAGAUUGGUGCAUUUGGGUUUCCUGCUCGUGCACCAGUACUUUCACAACCAGGAGAGGUCACAGGGAUUCCUGUAGGAUUCAAUAGCAGAGAUGAGGCGCUUCAUCAUUCAGGAUCAAGGCCUAACAUUGAGGAUGUGACUGGGACUUCAAUGCCUCACAGCCAGGGGAUCCAUAGGGAUGCAGGGGUAGCUGAGUUGAACAGAUCACAUGCAUACGCCAGUGAUGUAGAGGAAGAAAUGAUCCAAGCUGCUAUUAAGGCUUCAACAGAAGAGGCUGAAAAGGAUUAUCUGAAUAAGCAAUUUAGUGAUUCCAUGGAAUUGUCUGAUAAUGGGCUUCCGAAAAGGCAAUUUCACCAAGAAGAUGAGGAUUAUGCUCAGGCAGUUUCAUUGUCCCUGAAGACAGCAGAGCAAGAGGAAGCACUCCGUGAGAAGCAAGUGAAGUACUUCAAUGAAGAACUGGGAAUUGAUGGUAGAUGGAAGCCUGGAAGUUUAUCCCACAAAAAUGGAGCUGGGAAUGCAGAGCAGCAGCAUGAAUUGAGGCAUGAGCCUAACUGCAGUGCUGGUAGUAGGGAAGCUUAUCAUUUUGACGAGUGGGGUGGCAUCUCUUCUAAAGAGCUUGAUGAAGCAGUAAUGCUUGAAAGUGCACUUUUUCAUGAAAAUUCUCAAGGAGCUUCGCAUAGUGGUCCAGAUAGAAUUUCGGGACCUAAUCACCAGCAUGUACACCACCCUCAAUCACCCUCUUUAGCAGCACGCCAAAUGCUUAGAGAACAACAGGAUAAAGAGUAUCUUGCAUCUUUGUUGCUCGACAAAGAUAAAGAAAGGAGUGCUUAUUGUGAAGCUGAAACUCAUCACUCAAAAGAAGAGUCUAAGAGCACACUGCUUGAUGAAGUGUGUCCACAGGAAUAUGAGAGAAGGCUGGCUGCAAAAAAAGCUUCCCUUCCUUGCGAACCAGCUUCAGAUGAUGAGAAUGCAGUGAAUAUUCUUGUCCGGAUGCCGAAUGGCAGUCGCAUUGGCCGUCGGUUUCUCAAGUCUGAUAAGCUUCAGCUUGUUUUUGACUUCAUAGAUGUUGGUAGCUCAGUGAAAACAGGCACUUACAGAGUGGCAAGGUCAUACCCCAGGUAUUCUUUCGGUGUAGAUGACAGCUUAUCAACUUUGGGUGAACUAGGCCUUACGAAUAAACAAGAAGCCUUGUUUCUGGAAUUGAUAUAGCCUUUUAACUCUCUCUAAGAGGUUGUAUGUCUGAUAAUGCUCAAACCCAAUGGAACUAGAACUUGUCAAUUCAAGUGAGCAUAUGAAGUUGUGUAUGUGAUAUUAGACUUUUUCAGCUUGGAAGAUUAGUAGAUAUGAAUGUUAAUUUUGGUUUUUGUUAUUGGUAACAAAUACUCCUCUUCUUCUUUCCA